GUCCUGUCCCGAGUAUUUUUUGCUCGAAAUUCCUGUAAAUUACAGAAUAAGCUGUGAGUUUUAUAGAAAUCCUGAUUGCGAUAUGAAACGUCAUUAUUCCAAGACAGUGGACGACCAGCAGGAGAGGGAGAACUCCCCCAGUCCGCCGCCUCCUCCGCCCUACCAAUCGCCACUAUCAUCGCCCGAGUCCUUGCAGUCCCCGAACGGGUAUCCCAUCCUGUACGUGGACGUGGUGAAGAACAAGCCCAAGCUGGAGUUUCCGCCGUCCCCCUCACCGCCCCAACCACCUGCGCCCGAGUUCAGCAUCUUCCGCGAGGACUUUCCGGCUCUGCCAGGAGCAGCCGCCACGGCGUUACCGUCGAAUUCGAGUUCUGGGGUUCCCGACGACUGGACCGCCAUGUUGAGCGAAAGCGAGCAGGUCGAAUUGGCCAAGUAUCGCUAUACAGUCGUACCCAGCAAUCCGCACUUCAACGCAAGCGGCAAUGAGGUGUUCCUCCAUCCAAACCACCUUCCGGAGAAGCCCCGGGAGAUGGAGUUCCUGCCCCCGUUGUACGGAUACCUUAGCAAUCCGGUCCGUUUGAGUGUGAGCCUGAUAUUUGACAAGCAAUUCCUGCACGAAGGCGUCGUGCAGAGGGCCGUGAAUGCGGCCCACAAGAGGGCCACCCAAGCAAAUACCACAAAUACAAUCCAUCCCCCACCCGGUUUCGAGAAUUCCAAACUCUUCGCCCGCCUAAUAACCAACAACACCGGUAUGCCCCUGGGUGGAGUCAACUUCGAGCUGGGCUCUCCCCUUUAUGACAGGAUGUGGAAUAUGGAGACCAAGUCUCCGGGAUCCGCCGUUGAGGGAUCCUUCGGGAUGUUGGGGCUGGCCAAGAAGCUGGGAUCGAUCCACCGGAAUCCGCUUCUAUUCGGAAACAAUGUUUCCCACAAUAUGAACGGUACCGCGGACACGAUCUUUUCCGGGCCACUUCAAGGAGGCCGCUUGGUUCCCCACGAGAUGAGCUACAACUUGCCAUUGAACUUCCUCAUCACUGCAAAUUUGAACCUGCAGCAGCCCAAAACCGAGGAGAUGCAGGCGGAGCUUCUAUUUUUCUUCUUUUACACAUACACUGGCGACAUGAUGCAGAUGCUCGCGGCUGCGGAACUAGCGGAACGUGGCUGGCGCUAUCACAAGUUUGAGCGCAUCUGGCUCAUACGGCAGGCGGACAAUCCCAACUACUUGUACAGCGGAUUCCAGGAGUCCGGGGAGUACAACUACUUCAACAUGUGGCAGUGGAAGAUCCUGCCACGGCACUUUCAGCUGGAGCCCGAGCACAUGGAGCGCACUCUGUCCAAGGAAGAGCUCUACGAGCUCUACGGAUACCAUCCCCAGAUGUCGGGCGUAUAGAGGAAAAUUAUCCGGGUUUUUGAAAUUGGCUUUGACGCUGUCACAUCUUUUUAUAAAAACCCCCCAAUUGUAAAGGCGUUUUCGAACAAAUGACAAUUUUUUUCAAUA